CUUGUCUGAUUUAACUUGGAAAAACGGGCUUGGUCCUGGCCAGUUUGGCUUCUGCUCCAAGAGCAUUAUCCCCACUUUAACGCUUCCCUAGUCUUUCUCAACCCUUCGGGACACCCUACCUUCGAGCCCUGAAUUUCUCACAUGCAGAGUGGCCAAGUUCAUCUCAGGGGACUUGCUGCCCACCCACGCCGCAGGCCAGGAAGUGGGGAGCACGCCUGCCUCCUCAGCACCCUCCACCACUGUGCCGUGGGAACUGGCAGUGGGCAGAGGCCCAGAGGAGGGCAGGAGCUCCCCGGGUCACACGGUGUGCAGCCAGAGCCCAGGGCAGGGGAAGCCCUCGUGUGCCCCUUUCUCCAGGCUCUGGUUUUGCCAGAGCCCAGGGUUCGGGGCAACCAGGACUCUUGGGGGUAGCUCAGCAGCUGGGCUGUUCUGGGAGGUUGGCCGCUCUCACCUGACGGCAUGCAGGCCCUGCUCCAUUGACCGGGGGUGCCAGGGCCUGGCCAGGGGGCUCCCCCUCCAUCUCCCUCCCCAGGCCUGAAGCACCCAGCCAGGACAGCCCCGCGGGUGGGCAGGGCGGCCAGUGAAUGGGAGGCACUGUGGCCCCUCCUGGAGGGCAGGGCAGGAGGGCAGCGAGGAGCCUGCAGGCCCAGAGGAGGGCCUCCCUCCUCCCCGCCCCCACCCCGGCUGGCUGGGCUCCCGCAGCAGCCGCAUCCUUAUUUCAUCGGCCUCAGUGAGAGGUGGGUCUGCCACGCCGCAGCAUCCGCUCAGCCCGCAGCAGCUCGCAGGACUCAGGCUCUGCCACAGCCGCCGCUCACCAGCCGCCAUGGAUGUCUUCAAGAAGGGCUUCUCCAUCGCCAAGGAGGGCGUGGUGGGCGCCGUGGAGAAGACCAAGCAGGGGGUGACGGAGGCAGCUGAGAAGACCAAGGAGGGCGUCAUGUAUGUGGGCACCAAGACCAAGGAGAACGUUGUGCAGAGCGUGACCUCAGUGGCCGAGAAGACCAAGGAGCAGGCCAAUGCCGUGAGUGAGGCUGUGGUCACCAGCGUCAACACUGUGGCCACCAAGACCGUGGAGGAGGCGGAGAACAUCGUGGUCACCUCUGGGGUGGUGCGCAAGGAGGAUUUGCAGAACCCUGCCUCCCCUCAGGAGGACGGGGCGGCCAAGGAGGACGAGGACAUGGCUGAGGAGGCCACGAGCGGAGGCGACUAACGGGCUGCCGGUCAGCCGCGGAGGUGCCGGGGAGCGCCCCUCUGCCUUGGGUCCUGCCCCACUGGACCAGGAGAGCCAGCCCUGGAGUGUCCUGUGGUCACCCCUGCCCCUGGCCACCCAGGUCUGCCCCCUUGCUGCUGCCACCCGUCACUGCCUGCCUGGCGCCGUCCUCUGGCCCUCCAGACCCCACGGAUGCUGCUGUGAAAUCUUUUCUUUUCUUUUCUUUUUUUUUUUUACUAUUUCAAAUAAACACUUGAGCCCCACCCCAGCUGCUCUGUGCUGCGUGGUUUGUUCAUAAGGAAGCCCCCAGGUCCCUCUCAGGUACAGGGGCUGGUCUGGCUUGUUGGUGGCCGGGAACCCAAGGGACACCCAGGGCUUCCUGGAAGCUGCGAGAGCUCACUGCCUUGGAGCAUCCCCAGCGCACCCGCCGGCACUGCUAACAUGGAGGCUGCAGCCCUGCCAGGGCCCAGGUUGCGGGACAGGUGGCUCCAGGUUUCGAACUGGAGCUCCACUUCCAGGUGGACCCUGCUUAGCGGCUCUGGCUCCGAGGACCCUGCUAACAGCAGGAGGGAAGGGUGGGCUCUGGGGC